AAGGACUUAGUUUAUUUUAUUACAAAUUUAAAUAUUAAGAAAAAAGUGAAAGGAAUACGAAACGAAGCCGAAAAAAAAAAAAAAAAAAAAGAGUUAUCUACGGAGCUGAGAGGCGACAGUGAGACAGUAGAACUCCGACGACUUUCUGUUCGACGCUCGAAUCGAUUACCGAAUCUCUGAAAUUCAUUUUAUUCAUGUGACUAGACAAAGAUGUGCACGUGAGGAGAUUGUGGUUUUCUGUAGAUUAAUUUGAGGUAUAUCAAUCAUGGGUCAAGAAGAUGCAACAAAUAAUACCUUUGAGAAUACAAAAAAUGAAGCCAGUGGUGGAGAUUUAAAAACAAAUACCAUUGAGACUGUGGAAAAUGGAAACAAUAAAGAAGAUAAAAUGAAAAAUAACGUUGAGUCAGUGGACAAUGAAACCACUGAAGAAGAUAAAAUGACAAGUACCACUGAAACUGUGACAAAUGGAACCAGUGAACUGGAAAAAGUCAACGAGACUGUGCCUAAUGGGUUGGAGAAUGGAGUGAAAGAACCGGAAAUUGAGCAGUGUACUGAUGAGAAGGCAGAGGCCACUAAAAUGGAAGAGCAACCUAAGAUCAAGGAAGAUGAGGAAAGCAAUGAAGAAACUGUGAAGGAGGAAAAGGAGGAAGUUGUGCUUCCAAAUGACAAGAAGAUUGAAGAAAAUGUGGAUAUCAAAGAUGAAGAAAAUGUGGAUGUCAAAGAUGUAGAGGAUGCCAAGGAUGAAGAAAUUGAGGCCAAGGACGAAGAAAUUGAGGAUGCCAAGGAUGAAGAAGUUGAGGUCUUCGAGGAUGCCAAGGAUGAAGAAAUUGAGGAUGCCAAGGAUGAAGAAGUUGAGGAUGCCAAGGACGAAGAAGUUGAGGAUGCCAAGGAUGAAGAAGUUGAGGAUGCCAAGGAAGAAGAAAUUGAGGAUGCCAAGGAAGAAGAAAUUGAGGAUACCAAGGACAAAGAAAUUGAGGAUGCCAAAGAUGAGGAAAAUGAAGAAGAAAAAGAGGAUGCUAAAGAUAAGGUAGAGAAGGUUGACAGCCAUAUGGAAGAGGAUGACAAGGAAUUGAAGGAUAAAGAUCCCAAGGAAGGGAAAACAAAGAAAGCAAGAAAGAGAAGGGGUGUGGUUAAAUCAAAAGGAAAGAAUGAAGAGGAUGAAAAGGACGAGGUAGAGAUAAAGACUCCCAUUAUUGAUCGCCCUGUUCGUGAGCGCAAAUCAGUUGAAAGGUUGGUGGCUUCUAUAGAAAGAUGUGUUGUGAAGGAAUUCCAUAUCGAAAAGGGCCGUGGUACUCCACUUAAAGAUAUACCCAAUGUGGCAUUCAAACUCUCAAGGAAGAAGGCUGAUGACAUCUUCAGGCUGCUUCAUUCAAUUCUAUUUGGAAGGAGAGGAAAGGCAUUUCAGAUUAAGAGCAACAUAUCCAGGUUUUCAGGUUUUGUGUGGCAUGGAGAUGAGGAAAAACAAAAGAAUAAAGUCAAAGAAAAAUUUGACAAGUGUCAUAAAGAGAAAUUAUUGGAAUUGUGUGAUGUGCUUGACAUUCCUGAUGUGAAGGCUACCACAAGAAAGGAAGAUGUUAUUGGCAAGCUCAUAGAAUUUUUAAUGGCUCCUCAUGCUACAAGUACUGUUCUCCUUGCAGAAAUAGAAAAGUCAAGCAAGGGUAAAAAGCGUAAAAGGACUGUAAAAGGAGGAAUAUCAACUCCUGGAGACAAUAGUUCAAAACAGUCGGCAAAGAGUCGUAGAAAAAGAGGAAAUACUGCAAGAUCUGAGAUGACAAGAGAUACUAGUGAUGAAGAUGGUGAGUCAGAAGAAGAGAAGGAAGCAGAAGAAGAAAAUGACAAGGAAAAUGAGAAUGGAACCACAGAAAAAUCUGAUGAUGAAAUGUCCGAGCAGCCAGAAAGUGAAGAUAUCAAUGACCCAACUGAUGAGUCUGAGGAAGAAAAACCCAGAUCAAGUUCAAAAGGUUCAUCUAGAAAGAGGGGAUCUGUAGGAAAAGCAAGAAGCAAGAAAGUUACAAGUUCCAAUAAAACCGAUUCAGCAAAAUCAACAUCGAAGAGGUCAUCAGCAAGUCGUGCUAAGAUUGAUGACAGCGAUAGUCCUAAGGUAUUCUCUAGGAAGAAGAAUAGCGAAAAAGUAAGCAAGGCCUCAACUCCACCAAAAUCUGCUGCCAAGGAGAAGCCUGGGAAGAAGAUUACGAAAGGGAAGGACAAGACCAAGGAGGAGAAAACAAGGCCAAGCGAUGAUGUGCUUAGGGAUGCAAUAUGUGAAAUUCUUAAAGUAGUUGACUUCACUACGGCCACCUUCACCGACAUUCUAAAGCAACUUGCUGGGCAAUUCAAGAUGGAUCUCACCGCACAAAAGUCGUCGAUAAAACUUAUGAUCCAAGAAGAGCUCACGAAACUGGCAGAUGAAGCAGAAGACGAAGAGGACGGCGAAGGCGACGCCAAUGCCGAGAAGGAUGGAAAACAGGCCGCUCAAGAGGUGGAAACUUGAGUUGCCAAGAGUUGGCCCUGGGAUUUGUCUAACAACAUAUAUGAACGCCCUCAAAAUCAGUGAGUCUGUUGUAAAGGUGGAUGUAAUUUAUUUGUCUGUGUCAACCAUGUUUACUGCUAAUGAGAGAUUAGUGUUUUAAUUAGAAACGAGAUUAGCUGUUGCUCAUAGUUGCAAAUAUUGCAGUUUCUUUAUACUGACUUAUAAAUACUGUUGGGAAUAAUUCCAUGGAUAUAUUAACUGACCAUUAAGGAGGAGUUUUUCGACUUC